AUGCGAGCGGAAAUUGACGACGGGGAGAGCAACGGAAGUUUGAACUUGAUCUCAAGAACACCAAUAUUACUAGGCCCGCAGUCAUUACCGACAUGGAGAUAUUUCUCUUCAUGUGCUCCUCGGGCCAAGGCUAGUGUCAAGCCCACGGCACCCCGUAAUCCUUCAAAACCAUCGCAAGAAACGCUCAAAUUUGCGGGGAGACGGCCAGAGGGAUUCGGCAAACUAGAACGGAAGGUUGCGAAAGAGGGCGACUUGUUACUUUUUAAGGCACCGUCACAUCGCUUCUAUGUGUUGGGUGCUUACGGUAUCGCAGCAUUCUGCUUGGCCUACUCGGUCUACAACUCGAGCAUCGUGUUCGGAGACCCAGUUGUAGCUCUGCCGAUGUGGCAGAAGAGUCUAUUUGGUGGCAUUUGUGUCAUGAUGAGUGUCAUGGGAACAGUUUUCAUUGUCAAGACUGCGCGGUUGAUCAAGGCCGUCAAUGCCAUUCACUUGAAUGGCAAGACAUACCUUCGCUUCACUGUUCGAAGCAUGAUUCCUUUCCGAAAGCCAUACCACUUUGAUGCCCUACCUCGCCAAAUAGCCUUCUCUCGGCGUCUGGUCAUCUCCCCUGAAUCGCUCAAACCACAGACGACUCCAAACGCUCAACCGGCUAAGGUGAGCAUCUACAGAGCGCCUUUGACGAAGAUUAGCCAGGUCUUUUGGAAGGGUUUCCGGUCUGUCCGACAACUUUUCACACAGGAGGAUAUCAUCCUCCUGGAAGUCGAGGGUCAAAAGGGUGUUUUCCGAAUGGAUUCGGCCGGGUACAUCUCCGAGGAUUUCCUGGUGAUUGGGAACCCGGUGAGCAUCAGAAGCUAUUAG